AUGCCUAAUUAUCAUAUAAAAGAUGGUGAAUAUACAGCAACAAUUUAUUCAUUAAUUAAAGAUGAUAAAUACUCUGAAGUAAUCAGAAUAUUACAAGAUGAAUUAGAUAGAACACAAAAUAAUCGUCCAGCUUUAUCACUUUUAGCAUAUUGUUAUUUUUAUACACAAGAUUAUGUUUUAGCAGCAAAUUGUUAUGAACAGUUGUGUAACUUACAACCUAAAAAUCAAGAAUAUAGAUUAAAUUUAGCACAAAGUUACUAUAAUGCUUUUCAAUUUCAGGAUGCUUUAACAGCUGUUAAUAUGAUUGAUGAUCCAGAAUUGGCUCCAAAAGUUUUAAAGUUAGAAGCUGCUAUAAGAUUUAGAGAGGAUGAUUUACAUAACACACGUAUACUAGUAGAACAAUUUGAAGAAGAUGAUUUAGAUGUUGAAAUAAAUUUAGCUUGUAUAGAAUUUAAAGAAAAAAAUUAUAAAAAAGCAAUGGAACGUUUUCAAUCAGCUACUUUUGUUCAUGGAUACUCACCAGAAUUGGCUUAUGCAAUAGCAUUAUGUUGUUAUGAAUUAAAAGACUAUUCACAAGCAUUAAAAUAUAUUAGUGAUAUUAUUGAUAAAGGAAUCCGAGAUCAUCCGGAAUUAGGAAUUGGAAUGGUUACUGAAGGACUUGAGGUACGAUCAGUUGGUAAUACAUUACUUCUCCAUCAAACAGCUUUAAUUGAGGCAUGUAAUUUAAAAUUUGCCAUUGAAUAUAACUCUAGAAAUAUGACUAGAGCAGCUGAAGCAUUAACGGAUAUGCCACCAAGAAGUGAAGAAGAAUUAGAUCCCAUAACAUUGCAUAAUCAGGCUCUGAUACAUAUUGAAUCAGAUACAAGUGAUGCAUUUGCAAGAUUACAAUAUUUAUUAUCACAAAAUCCUUUUCCUCCAGAAACAUUUCAGAAUCUUUUAUUAUUAUAUUGUAAAUAUGAAUAUUAUGAUUUAGCUGCUGAUGUUUUAGCUGAGAAUGCUCACCUAACAUAUAAAUAUCUUUCACAAUAUAUUUUCGAUUAUUUUGAUGCUAUUAUUACACAACAAACAUCUUCUAAUGAUGCUUUUAAUAAAUUUGAUGUUAUAUCAAAUGAUUUAAUUGGAGAAAUAAGAAAAGCUACCAAAAAAGCACAAGAAUUUAAGGAAGCUGAAAAUAAUAAAGAAUAUAAAGAUGCACUUGAUGAAAUAGAAGAAUUAAAAAAUAAAUUUAUUCCAGUUCUCAUGAGUCAGGCAAAAAUAUUUUGGGACAAAGAAGAAUACACAAAAGUAGAAAAACUUUUUAGAAGAUCUGUCGAGUUUGUUGGAGAUGAUGAUACAUUUAAACUUAAUGUUGCACAUACACUUUUUAUGAUGGAUGGUAAACUAGAAGAAGCGGCAAAAUUUUAUGAACCAAUUGUUAAAAAAAGUUUUGAUAAUAUACUUGAUGUUAGUGCUAUUGUUUUGGCUAAUCUUUGUGUAUGUUAUAUUAUGACAACACAAAAUGAAGAGGCUGAAGAAUUGAUGAGAAAAGUUCAAAGAGAAGAAGAUAUAGCUAACAUAAAAGAUAAUGAUAAUGAAAAUGGAAAUAAAAAGUAUUUUCAUACAUGUAUAAUUAAUUUAGUUAUUGGUACACUAUAUUGUUCUAAAGGAAAUUAUGAAUUUGGUAUUGGUUGUAUAAUUAAAGCAAUGGAUCCUUAUGAAAAAAAUCUUUCUGUUGAUACAUGGUAUUAUUGUAAAAGAUGUAUUUUAUCAAUGAUAGAAAAUUUAUCAAAAAGACUACUUAAUAUGAGAAAAGAUGUUGUUCCAAAUUGUGUUACAUUUCUUGAACAGUGUGAGAUAUAUGGAAGAGAUAUCAGCAUUACUACAGAUGAUCCAUUACAUGGUGUUGAUGAAAUGGGAAUAAAAAAUACAGUUGCUUAUGAAGCAAGAUUUCUACGUUCAUUAUUAUUAACAUUAGUGGAAAAUUAA